GUUUCAUUGUCGUUCCAAAAUUCCCAGGAAACCUUGAACUCGAGGAUUUUUCUCCGAGCUCAUUUUCUGGAAAAAGCGAGAAAAAAGGAGCUUUAGCACUUUUUUUCCCCUCUUUGCUUCUUGCGUCUUGUUCAGCAAGGUGUCGUUGAGGCUUCCGAGCAGUAAAGCGUGUGUUCCUUAUCCUCUGGGUUUGCUGAAGGUCACACUUUUUGCCACUUUGCUGCUAAACACGUGGCGUUGCUGAGUGCAGGAGGUCAUUGGGAGAAAUACCGCUGAACUGACACCUGAUUUAUUUGCUCUCCCUCUUGAGAAUCACAGGUGUUAACAGCUGAACCGGUUUCGGACUUUGACUGAAUUUUUGGACUUCAUUAUGUUCUGAUAAUUAUUUUGAUCGCUCGGUGUGAAAUUCAGCCAUACGCUGAGUCGGGGGAAAUGCACUUUGUGUGUCGGGGGAAGGUGUGGUCCUCAGAGUAGGAAGUCACAAGUGGAAGUUGGUGUGUCGCUGACACGUUGGUCUCGACUUUCUCCAUCAGCUUAGUCGUGCUCCAGGAGAGAAUGUUGAUCGGAGCUCCGUGUGAUUUGCUGGACUUGGCGAGACCAUGGCAAGUGAACCAGCAGUGAGACCCAAGAUGGAACGCUUUGCCGCUGAGAAGGAGGAAGUCUGAAAGUCAGCCUCGCGCCCAGUUUCCUCUGCUCUUGCGUUUGCCGGUGGACUCGGUGAAAGAGGACGACAUGGAGGAGGAGCAGACCUGUCCGCUGGAACCCGCUCUCUGGGGGUCAGGCGCUCAGCUGCCCCCUGGUGUGUGGGCCUACAUGGGUGAGUCAACAGCGAUAGAGCCACAGCUUCCGGGAGAGGAUGAUGAGAAAAAGGGGGAGCUGGGAGCGCUGGAGCCUCUGGACAGUGGGGACUACAUUGAGACAGACUCCCUCGCUCUUCCCACUGUCUCCUUCUCCACUGGUACGGAGCUGUGCCCCGAACCGGCCGACCCCUUGGAAAGACUCCAGUCCGAGAUGCCCGACAGUCUGAACUCCAGUGAGGAGGACAGCCCGGACCUGGAGUGGACAGACAAUCCCUUGUCUGUUGGUCUCAAUCAGAGGGAAGGAGAUGCAGGACAUGAAACUUCCAGCCUGGACCAGAGGAGUGACUCUUCACAGGAAUAUGAGCUCUCGAGCUCCGACAGGGAGGAGUCUGACACACAGAUCCAGGAAGAGGAGAUCUCUACGCCGAGGCUGCAGGAGGAAACCGAGGAGGGCGAGACCUCCCUGCAUGACUCCGAGAGGUGUCAAGAAGCCUUGCGUUGGACCGCAAACGGGGACGCACAGGGGGAGACCGUGGACCACAAAGCAGAUUGCAGUGAAAACAUUGUGAGCGAUGGAUCACAAUUUCAGUUUCGAACCUUGGACAUUCCAGAGCCCACUGAGUGGACCCUCUGGAAUGGACUGCAGAUGUCAGCAUGUGUGGUGGACUCAGAGGCUGCUGUGGACGAGAGCGACUCUGUCCAAACAGGGAAUGGAGGCGAUGCUACCGCUCCAGUGGAAACGUCAUCGCAACGUAGAGGCAGUUUUACUGUGGAGCAAGAGGGGGAGAAAUGGGAGGAGAGCGAGAAUGUGGCAAGUCCACCUGAGACAGAUGAGGAAGAAGGUGAUGAACAGCGUGAAGAAAAGCACUCUGAUGAUAGCGCUCAGAGCCAGGAGCAAAGGGAUCAACAGACAGCGUCAACAGUGGGAGAAGAAAAUGAAAACGUAGAGGCGACUGAGCUCACAAAUUGGCCGGAUCAGAGUGCUGACUUUGCGCAACCUGAAGAGUUAGACUUAAAGGAGCAGGUGAGACGCUUGGAGCCGAAAGGACGAGCGGAGGAGCCGCUGUCAGAGGAAGGAGCCGAGCAGCAGCAGGCAGCAGACGGCACAGAGCUGAUGAGGCGAGAGCAGCCAGAACACGAGGACGAGCCCUCGCACGCAGAACUGCCUGAGCACGGCGAGCAGUGUGGCCCACGAGAGGAGAUGCCCGAGCCGACGGCACAGCUGGCAGAAACGUCUCAGCAGGCCCAUCCGAAAUGUCAGUCGGAGCCAAGAGAACCGUUAGAAGAGCCAAGCCAACCCGAAGAGCUUCAGCAGAUGUGCCAAGUGGAGCAUGCAGAAGGCUCCUCCUGGGGACAGCAGGACGGGCCAGAGACAGCAGGACAAGUGAACGAGACGGUGCAGACAGAAGACAUGCGACAGGCGGAGAAUCAGGGGGAGCCCACAGAGUCCAGUGCCACUCAAGCAAAUGGAGGGUUGGUGGACAGGGAGGGGGCGCGCAGGCUGGCUGAGAGACUCUAUCGGCUGGAUGACGUGAGACGCACCGAUGUGGUCAAGCACAUGGACAAAGACAAUGACUUCAGCCGAGCAGUGGGAGAGGAGUAUCUCAAGUUCUUUGACUUCUCUGGACAGAAUCUCGACCAAAGCCUGAGGUCCUUCCUGAAGGUGGUGGUGCUCAUCGGCGAGACGCAGGAGAGGGAGCGGGUUCUGGAGCACUUUGCACACCGGUUCCAUCAGUGCAACCCUGACAGCUUCUCCUCUCAUGGUGCUGUUCUGACACUUACCUGUGCUGUGAUGCUCUUGAACACUGACCUCCAUGGCCAGAAUGUGGGGAAAGCCAUGACUGUGUCCAGCUUUGUGUCCAACUUGGACGGCAUGAAUGAAGGAGAGAACUUCUGUAAGGACAUGCUGAAGAAUCUCUAUAACAGUAUUAAAAACGAACCCCUGGAGUGGGCCAUCGACAAAGAGGAACUCAAGAGCUCCCUGGUGCUGCCGGGGGAGGAGAAGGCCGAGGUUGCGCCGCGCUCAAAGAGCAACCCCUUCCAGGACGUUCCCCACGACAAGAGGGCCACGGUGUUCAAGCAGGGCUUCCUGACACGCAAGGCACACGCCGACGUGGACGGCAAACGCACUCCUUGGGGUAAAAGAAGCUGGAAGACCUUCUAUGCCGUUCUCAAAGGGAUGGUGCUCUACCUGCAGAAGGACGAGUACAGGAUGGAGUGGCAGUGCUCGGAGGAGGUGGUCAGCGUGCACCACGCCCUGGCAGAGAAGGCGGGCGACUACACCAAGAAACCGCACGUGUUCCGGCUCCAGACUGCCGACUGGAGGGUCUUCCUCUUCCAGGCUUCGACCGCAGAGCAGAUGAGCUCCUGGAUCUGUCGCAUCAACCUGGUGGCGGCGCUCUACUCGUCUCCGCCGUUCCCUGCCGCUGUGGGCUCUCAGAGGAAGUUCAGCAGGCCCAUCCUGCCAGCAACGCAGUCCACGCUCUCCAUGGACAAACAGCUGGAGUCUCACAGCCACAUGCUGGAGUCCUUCUCCCAAGACCUGGCUGAGCUGCUGGAGAAAGCGCCCGAAGGACGUAAAGCCAAAGCCCGUGAGCUCGAGGAGCACAGGCUGAGGGAGGAGUACCUGCAGCAUGAGAAGAGCCGCUAUGAGAUUUACAGACACAUGCUGGAGAAGUGGAAGGGACUCGCCGGGGGGGGCGGAGCGCCUGUGAGCACGGCACAGCUGGACAUCUUUGACAGCCAAGUGUGUGUGGAGACCGGCGAGGAGGACGAGGAGGAUGGCGCAGGCCUCAAGAAGUCCCACUCGAGUCCCUCCCUGAACCUGGAAUUGGCUUCGGCCCCUGUGGUCAAGGUGAAGCGCAACAUCUCGGAGAGACGAACGUAUCGCAAGAUCAUCAUCCCGCGACGCAACCGAGAGCUGUGAGCGCCGUUGUCGCUCGGCCUUGGCCCGCAUCCCCAGAGUUCGGUUCCCCUUUUCCCUCUGCGGUGGGACAAGGUUUCCGCACACGUGUCCCGUGGCGAUGAGGUUCACGCCAAGUCAAGGACCGGCCAACACGUCCAGUAUCUCUUUCAUCAUAUCUUCAUUUUCACGCGGUACUUUUGUUAUUCUUUCAAGCUCACGUACGAACGUAGAUUAGAAAUGACUUCUGACUCGUUCAGCGAACCAGAAAGGAGUGAAUGUUUUCGAGGCAAAGUGGAAUUUCGAACCUGUCAAUCUCGCCACGAGGUCGUGCCAUUUCGCAGCGCCGGGAAAUGAAGGUCCACCUGUUGUGCCGCGGUCCUGAGCCCUGGGCUGUGCAACUUUAUCCAUUAUUAAUUCCACUAAUAAUAUCCUUUAUUAAUCAAGUCCCUGUUUAGUGUAACUGUUGCAUGUGAAAGCCAUGCAAUAAACGUCCCCCCCACAUAUUGUACAAGAACCGGUUUUAAUAGAAAAUUUUAUAUGUACGCUGUAUCACGUACAAUGGGACCGACCCGGAACCAGAGCGCCCAAGAACCCUCUUAUGGCAGAUUCCUUGUCCAAUUGUUAGACAAGUGAAAUAUGUCUGAACGUGUAUGUAUAUCACUGCAGUCAUCCACAGUAUUUCUAACAUUGACAUGUGUUUGUAGGUGUGAUGUUUCGGUGAGGUCUCCUUCAAAGUAUUCGGGUUUAAAAUUUUGGAAUUUUCAGGGUAAAUUAUGAAUAGCGUACAUGUGUUCAUAUUUAUUGUUCGUGCUGCUUUUUUGGAGAUGAGCAGGAUGCAGAGGACCUGGCGUCACGUUACGUAAUGAUUUAUACUGUACUUUGCUUUAAAUAAUGUUGUUUAUGCAAUAAAUAGCCCGCUGCUUCAGUUAGUAACUCCCGUACAUUUUCCAGGUGCUCUGCAGCAUAUUUUCAGCACAUGCAGACACAUUUAGGUAAUGA